GGCGGGGCCGGCCGGCUGUGAGCGCUGAUCGGCUUUGGACGGCGCCGAGACUCCUCACAUCCCAGAAAGUUUCUUCCAGGAGUCUCGGGGCCCGGACGAGGGCCACAGAUCCCCCACUGCAGGACUCCGGGGCCACAGCGCAUCUCCGGCACCCAGCACAGGUCUCCCGGGGCCCAGACGAGGGCCACAGCCCCCCACUACAGGACCGCCGGGGGCCACCGCAGGACUCCCGGGGCCUCAGCGCCCCCCGCCCCGGCUCCUUUGUCCGCCGCCCGGAUCAGGUUUCGGAGCCUCCGCUUCUCCUCCGGACUCCCCGGGACACGGAGCCUCUCCCCCCGCAGGAUCUGUACAGCUGCCCCCAGCUCUGGAGCCCCCUCCCCCCAGCUGAGUGCUUUGGGGGCCCCCUCGGCGUGGAUCCCCUGACCACCGGGGCCCCCUACCCCCGAAUACAGGGGCCCUCCCGGAGCCAUGGAUCCCCGGCGGCUGCUGCUGCUCUGGACCCCAGCGGUGCUGGCCCUGGAAGUCACGCUUAUGAACACCAAGCUGGAGACCUCGGACCUCCGCUGGACCGUGUACCCCCGAGUGGACAGCCAGUGGGACGAGACCUCGGGCUUGGAUGAGGAGCAGACCCCCGUCCGCACUUAUGAGAUCUGCAACCUGCACCUUCCGGACCAGAACAACUGGCUGCGGACCGGCUACAUCUCGCGAGGCCCCGCCCACCAUGUCUACGUGGAGAUCACCUUCACUAUGAUGGAGUGCGCCUCCAUCGCCCGCGCCGGCCGCUCCUGUAAGGAGACCUUCAACCUCUACUACUACCCAGCCAACGCUGACAUUGCCAAUGACCAUUUCCCGAAAUGGAUGGAAAAUCCCUGGAUCAAAGUAGACACGGUGGCGGCGGACACUCUGGCGCGGCCCAGCGCGCGUGGGGGCGGAGCCUCCACGCGCUCCAAUGUCAAGACUCUGCGCCUGGGUCCUCUGAAGGAGAGCGGCUUCUACCUGGCAUUCCUGGAUCAGGGGGCAUGCAUGGCGGUGCUGGCUGUGCGGGUGUUUUACCGCCUGUGCCCGGCCGUGGUAGCAUCGCUGGCCAGUUUCCCGGAGACCGUUCCCGCAGGACUGGUGGUGUCGGCAGAGGGCAGCUGCGUGGACGGCGCCGAGGGCUCGCUCGGGAGACGCCCCGUCAUGUACUGCCGGGAGGACGGAGAGUGGGCCAAACCCGCAGCAGGCGAGUGCAUCUGUGUGGCCGGGCGAGAAGAGAAGGACGGCCGUACCAAGUGCACAGCUUGCUCUCCUGGAUAUUUUAAGCCAAAAGUUGGCGAGUCCCUCUGCCAGAUGUGUCCUCAGAACAGCCUCUCUACCACCGCUGGAGCAACCAUGUGCAACUGCAAAGCGGGGUACUACCGAGCCCCCGGGGACCCGGUGACUGCACCUUGCAGCAAGCCUCCUUCUACCCCUCGCAGCAUCGUUUCUAGUGUGAACGGAUCCAUGGUGGAUCUGGACUGGAGCGAGCCUCUGGAUUCUGGCGGGCGCUCGGACCUGUACUAUGAGGUGUUGUGCUCGGAGUAUGCUCCAGGUGGGGGCUGGGUCCCCUGCACCCGCCUGGCCUUCACACCAAGGCCUCAAAAACUAACGGAACGUAAGCUGCGCGUGUCCGGACUGCGCCCACAAGUCAUCUACAACUUCCGGGUCCUGGCACUGAAUGGCGUGUCUGAACGCACCGGUGCUGCGGCGAUGGGGGAGGAGCUGAACGUCACCAUUGACCGAGACCUUCCUCACGCGGUGACGGGUAUCCAGCAGAUUGCAGCCUCCGCAUCCUCCUUGUCCUUGAAGUGGAUCCCGCCGCCCCCCCCACAGUCUCCGAACAUGGGGCACAUUCUGGAUUAUGAAGUCAAGUACUAUGAGAAGGAUCAAGAGAAACCGCUCAUCAUGUUCCUGAAGGCCUCCGGUAACGAGGCGAAGCUGGUGGGACUGCGCGCGGGGACUAUGUACACCGUGCAGGUGCGGGCCAGGACCAACGCCGGCUACGGGGCAUUUAGUGGAGACAGUGUGUUCCAGACGCUCCCACUGGGGGAAUUUCUUCUUCCAGACCCAGAGAAGGCCCAGCCGCAGGUAGAGCUCAUAGCUGGGACCGUGGGGGUGGGGACCCUUCUGGUCCUUAUCGUCAUCGUUACCGCAGUGGUGUGUGUGAGGAAGCACGGGAGUAAUAAGGAGCCGGAGUAUUCGGAUAAGCCGGGCCAGUACCUCAUUGGUCACGGUACAAAGUUGUACAUUGAUCCGUUCACCUACGAGGACCCCAACGAGGCUGUGAGAGAAUUUGCUAAAGAGAUUGAUGUUUCCUAUGUGAAAAUCGAGGAAGUGAUAGGUGCUGUCUCUCUUACAGGGGAGUUUGGAGAGGUCUGCCGGGGGCGUCUUAAGGUUCCAGGGAAGAAGGAGAAUUACGUGGCUAUCAAAACGCUGAAGGGCGGUUACACCGAGCGCCAACGCCGGGAGUUCCUGAGCGAGGCCAGCAUCAUGGGACAAUUCCACCACCCCAAUAUCAUCCACCUGGAAGGAGUCAUCACCAACAACUGUCCUGUCAUGAUCAUCACGGAGUACAUGGAGAAUGGCGCCCUGGACUCCUUUCUCCGGCAAAACGAUGGCCAGUUUACCCCCAUCCAGCUGGUUGGGAUGCUGCGGGGAAUUGCCUCCGGGAUGCGCUACCUGGCAGAGAUGAAUUACGUUCACCGAGACCUGGCGGCGCGGAACAUUUUGGUGAACAGUAACUUAGUUUGCAAAGUGUCAGAUUUUGGAUUGUCCCGUUUCUUACAAGAGGGAUCCACUGACCCAACGUACACGUCCUGCCUGGGCGGUAAAAUACCAAUCAGAUGGACAGCGCCAGAAGCCAUCGCCUUCCGCAAGUUCACUUCAUCCAGUGACGUCUGGGGCUACGGCAUAGUCAUGUGGGAGGUCAUGUCGUUCGGAGAACGUCCGUACUGGGACAUGUCCAAUCAAGAUGUCAUCAAUGCCAUCGAGCAGGAUUACCGGCUGCCCGCUCCGCCAGACUGCCCGUCCGCUCUUCACCAGCUGAUGCUGGACUGCUGGCAGCGCGACCGGGCCGCCCGUCCUCGCUUCACCGAGAUCGUCAGCGCUCUGGACAAACUCAUCCGCAACCCAGCUAGCCUGAAGAUCACUGCACGGGAGCAGCCGGGAAGCUCCCAGCCGCUGCUCGACCAGCGAACGCCCCACUACUCCUCCUUCUCCUCCGUGGGCGAGUGGCUACAUGCCAUCAAAAUGGGGCGAUACGAAGAAGGAUUCAGGAACGCCGGAUUCACCACCUUCAGCCGCGUGCGGCAGAUGACCACAGAAGAUCUGCUGCGGAUCGGGGUCACCCUGGCCGGACAUCAGAAGAAGAUUCUGUCCAGUCUCCAGCAGAUUGUGCCGGCUGAGAAGGUCUCCGGAGGCUCCGCGCCCUUCUACUGAGUAGAUGUUGCCAUGACUACAACCGCCAUGACACUGCAGUGGGUGGAGCCAUCUCAGACUAUAGCGGUUUAAAUUCUGCGCUGCCUUGUGCCAACCUCUACCCCGGAGGCUGCCAUAUCGAGUCUGGGCUCCGGCCUGGAACCUUGUGCCUUAAUUGACCAUUCCGAAGUGACCUUAUCUGACCCCUGGAGACUGCAGGACUAUGCCCGCCUGGGCCAACUGGUGCUCCUGACUUUCCUGCCAGGCCCCGGAGCCGUCCUCCAGGAUCACUCCGCUGGGGCUUUGGCUCCCGCCUGACCACGUCUAAUUCAGAUGACCAAAGCCGAUGCCCGCGGCCCAG